UUCCACAAAAUUCCGAAUCAGUCCCACAUCACAACACAACUCAAGUUUAGACCAACUACCCCUUUUCUUAAAUUGUUCCCAUUUUCACUUGUGAUUCACCCCACAAAAUGAUGUGUUUCCCUCUGCACUUGCCAACCCCGAAUUCAUAGGGUCUCUCUCUGUUCUUUCAGAUCCUUUUCACAUCCCCCCCCCCCCCCCUCCCCUAUUUUCAGGUAAAAAUCGAUGCUGCCCUUUUGCACUGUGAUCUUGUGUGAUGGUUUUGAUGAAGUUGGGUUGAUCGUCAUUUGCGAAUCAUAAAGUUUGAAUUUUUUAAACUCCUAAUCUCUUGUUGUGAUGGUGUCUUUCUGAGGACCCCAGAAAGGGUGGAGUGUUGAACUUUUGAAAAGGUUUUGGUUUGAAUGGGGAUUCAGACAAUGGGAUCUCAAGGUAAUGGGCAACAGUCUCAUUUACAGCCUUCAUCUUUGUCCAGGCAAGGUUCAUGGUAUAGUCUCACUCUUGAUGAGGUCAAUUGUCAAUUAGGAGACAUGGGGAAGCCAUUGGGUAGCAUGAACCUUGAUGAGCUUCUUCAAAAUGUGUGGACUGCUGAAGCAAGCAAGUCUUUGGUGAUAGGCGCGGAGAGUGAGAACAUGUCGUCGUCUUCCUCGCUUCAACGGCAGGCCAGCCUGACGCUGGCUCGCGCAUUGAGUGGGAAGACGGUGGAUGAUGUGUGGAGGGAAAUUCAGCAAGGUCAGAAGAAAAGGUAUGGAGAGGAUGUGAAAAGUCAGGAGGGAGAAAUGACUCUUGGUGAGACCACCUUAGAGGAUUUCUUGGUGCAAGCAGGGCUUUUUGCUGAGGCUUCUAUCAGUCCAGCUGUGGGGUUGGAUACAAUGGAUUCCUCCGCUGCACAAGGUUUCCAACAGAAAACAGGCCUGUUGUCCUCCCCUUCAAUUGGCAGUUUAUCGGACACAAGACCGGGCCGGAAAAGGGAUGCUCCCGAUGCGUAUGAGAAAACAUUAGAAAGGAGGCUGAGGAGAAAAAUCAAGAAUAGGGAAUCUGCUGCUCGAUCUCGAGCCCGAAAACAGGCUUACCACAAUGAACUGGUUAGCAAGGUUUCCCGUCUAGAAGAAGAAAAUGUAAAGCUCAAGAAAGAGAAGCUAUGCUGCUACGUUCACAAGGCUAUCUUUGUAUACAUGUCACUGCUCAAAAUCACGUUCAAUAACAAAGAAGUACAAAGGCUGAAGAUAGUAGCUGAUUGACGGGGAUCGGAAUGGAUGAAUCACAUGCAAACAUGAACUAUGAGGAUAAGGAGUUGAAAUACUUGAACAUAUAGUGAGAGUCACAUCACAGCCAGUGAUAAAAUAAAAGUUGCUCUACAUAAUAAGAGUAUGCUCUGGUUGUUUGCAAAUGGUCAUUUUGUCCCUAACCUAGGACCCUUCGAACAUCACCCUGGAAGACAGUCAUUUCUAAAUAACAGUUUUAUUUUCUAUGCUUUAAAUGGGUCUUGUCACCAUUAAACGCAUGGAUUAACUAGUGUGAAAUUAUUCUAGCUUAAUCAAAAGUAUCAAGUUUAAACCCUUGGUAUACAAUUACAUUAAACACUCAGGAAGAGUUUUACCGUACAUAAUAGUCAUAACCAGCUCGAGCAGACUAUACAUGUGGUUUAUACCAAAAAUGGGUCUUGGCAUUGGGAUAUUCUUUUACCCUAGUUGAUAGUUUUAUUUGAGCUUGUGGUGGUAUUUUUUUAUAGUAUGUUUGGACUUUGGAUAAUUUGAAAGAAAAUGGGGAUAAUAAUGUUUUAUUAUUAUUUAGUUGAAGAAAAUGGUGAUGGUUCCUUCAUUGACAGCUUUACUAAUAUUCGGAGGGUGUCUUCUACAGUAAAGACAGAGCACAAUAUACUGGGUGUUGUGGUUGUAAUUCCUUUUUGCAAUUUGAAGAUCAUAACAAUCGUUGGAAUAUAAAACUAGAACGGGGAUGGUCUAUUUUCUCUUCAUCUCCAGUCUGAAGUUUGUGCAAAGUGUAAAGGUUCGUGCAACCUACAAAUUAUGUACUUAAGUUUGAAUAGUUUCUGUAUUUUCCCAUUAAAAUAAGAAUUUGGAGGAUCAAAAGAUGAAACCCAAAAGACUAGUGCAAGAACUAGAGACACUUGAAAGGGUUGAGACAAACAAAUUUAGAAAAGUCAGAUCCAUAUGAAAAAUUUAGGUCUAUAGUUCCAUCUGGCACAUUAUGUUAUGACUUUUUCUUUACCAACAUGCUGAAAGUGAAAGUCUUAACAGUGGUAAUGUUUCUGUUGGAGAGUGUUUUAGAUCCCCAAAAACUGGUUUGCUUGCUGCGGUGGCAAAUAAAAACCAUUAGGAUUGGCUUGGUGAGGGAUUUGAGAAAUAAGCAUAAUGUCAUAGGUUUUAAUCACUGUUAUAAAAAAAAAAGUGUAGCAAAUAGGUCAGUUGUAGGAGCACUUCAAUAUGCUACUAUAACUAGACCAGGAAUAAGUUUCUCUAUAAACAAGGUCUGCCAAAUCAUGAAGGAGCCUCUUGAACAUCACUGGGUGGCAGUUAAAAGGAUCCUAAGGUAUCUCAAAGGCACUCUCUCAUGUGGUCUUCAUCUGAAACCUGCUUCUGCCCCUUUUUCCAGCAAUGCCUUUUGUGAUGCAGACUGAGCCUCUGAUCCUGAUGACUGGAGGUCCACAUCUGGUGCUUGUAUUUACGUUGGGCCUAAUCUAAUCUCCUGGUGGCCAAAGAAGCAGACAAUUGUGGCUAGGUCCCGCACAGAAGCAGAGUACAGGAGCUUGGCCUUAGUCACUGGAGAGGUGUCUUCCCUUCAGUCUCUUCUAACUAAACUUGUUGUCCCACACAAGCUCCCUGUCAUCCGUUGUGACAACACAAGCACUGUAUCUCUUGCUCAUAAUCCAGUUCUUCAUGCUCACACCAAACACAUGGAGUUAAACUUAUUUUUUGUUCGUGAGAAGGUUCUGAACAAGCUACUACAAGUCAGUAUGCUGACAUUCUUACCAGGGUUUUAUCUCCUAGCAACUUUGAAGCUUUCAGGGCCAAGCUCACACUGUGUGAUCCCUCCAAUUCUUCUUGGUCUCACCCACCAUGAGCUUGUGGGGGUAUUAGAGUAUUGUUACUCCACUAAGUAAAGUGUAUUGGUUUUUACUUAAUGGAAAUUAUCAACUUCAAGCUGUCAGUUUCUGUUAGUCUGUUAGAAGUUACUAACUGUAGUCAGUUAGUAACUGUCAUGGUUCGGUUCUGUUAGUCACUCUAUAUGUAGAAUUGACACAGACCUUUGUAACUUGGAUUGAUAAUUUUUCUGAUCAAUGAAAUCAGUUUUACA